GAAAUCAUAUUUAGGAAUUAACAUAGCCAUUAAUUCACAAUAAUGUAAAUAGUGCCAUUUCCGGGAUUUUCUCGAUUCUUGUGUUUAUUUGUCUUUUCUGCUCCAUUGACGUCAACAUGACACUAAGGGACAAUGUGAAUGUUAUUAUAUGUAUUCUCGAUCAGGGAUCAUAGCUUUAUAGUGUCAGGUCCUUUAGGAUUGACGGUGUGACACAACAAAACUUUUAUUAUGUUCCGAAGACUGCAAGACUGGCUCGACCCCAAACGGGUUAGCAGACUGAGCGUCAGUGAUGGCGACGAGUUGCUUCCCCUGACUGAAUCCGAUCUGGAAGUCAUGUCGGAAACUGAAACUGCGGUAAACAACGGAACUGCAAAUGGGACCCAUAUGAAUGGGAAAAUGUCCAUAAAACCCAAACCCAUGCAUAUGGACGAGGAGUCCCAAAGAGACACCCGAUGUGGCUUUGGAUCUUAUUCACCAAACUGUCUUCAGAAAUUCAACAACCCUAAGGCUCUGUUGUUUUUUCUCUGCGCUUUUUGUAUGUUACAAGGUUUUGUUGUGAACGGUGUAAAUAAUGUGAACACUACGUCCAUAGAACGUCGCUUUGAGCUGCCUAGUUCUCGGGUGGGCACCAUUUCCAGUGCUUAUGACGUCUCAGCAGCCAUUCUUGGCAUUAUCAUCUCUUACUUUGGUUCCGGCAAAAACAAAUCGCGUAUGGUUGCAUUUUCCUGUCUCAUCAUGUCGCUGGGAUCUUUUAUCAUGGCUCUACCGCAUUUUUCAACAGGACUGUAUCAGUAUGGUCAAAACUUGGCGGAAUCUUGUCGAGAUCCUGUUGCCGCAGCGCUCGCCGAGAACUCCUGCUCCUCGGACUCGGAGAACCACCUACAGAGAUACCUGUACGUGUUUCUACUGGGGCAGACCCUUCACGGUAUCGGGGGCACCACCCUGUAUAUUGUGGGCGUGGCUCUUAUUGAUGACAGCGUACCGUCCACCGCUUCCCCGUUAUAUGUUGGUAUAAUGUACUCGUUUGCCACCCUUGGGCCCGCGCUGGGUUACGUGAUAGGCGGACAGCUGCUGAAUCUGUAUGUGGAUUUCCAUGAGGUAGACAGCGUAUCGAUAACAACAGAUGACCCACGAUGGGUAGGCGCCUGGUGGGUGGGGUUUGCAUUUGCCUCUGUUCUCUUCUUGAUUGUCUCAAUUCCAAUAUUUGGCUACGGGAAAGAAUUACCAACGGCACAGCACGUGCGGGAAACUCGUGUGACUGAAACUCACACCGACAAUACGUCAGAACAAGUUGUGAAAGAGCUGGGGAAGUCAGUCAAAGACAUGCCUCGAUCUUUUUGGCUGCUAGUUAAAAACCCAGCCUUUUUGUUUAUCACGUUAGCCGGAACUUUUGAAGGAUUUUCCACCUCAGGAAUGGCAACAUUUCUACCGAAGUUGAUUCAGAACCAGUUUGGUACUUCCGCUGCCUGGGCAGCCAUAUUGGGAGGCCUAAUAGCAGUACCUGGGGCCGCAGGGGGACAGUUUGUUGGCGGAAUGAUUUGUAAGAGGUGGAAGCUGAAGGUGCGGGGCAUGCUCCGUCUGAACGUCAUCGUCUGCGUCAUCGCACUACUUUUGGACGCUGUCAUCUGGGUCAGAUGUGAUCUGCAAGAUAUCGCAGGUGUCAGUGUUGGAUAUGUUAAAGGAGAGCCUCAGAAAGGCCUUACGUCACCAUGUAACAGCAACUGUUCGUGUACCACAGAGAUGUAUGAGCCUGUGUGUAGUGAGCUAGGUGUUCAGUAUUUCUCACCUUGUCAUGCCGGAUGUUCCGGGAAAGUUGGUGCCGAUGACACUUAUUCAAACUGCACCUGUGUGUCUACAGACAAUUUCAAUUUUUCCAGUCUACCAGUGUCAUUUGUACCGGGUGCCGUAAAGAAGGGCAAAUGUAACUCUGAUUGCAUGAAAAUGUAUAUAUUCCUGCCUGUCCUUCUUUUAUCCAUCUUUUUCCGAUUCGUGGAAUCCCCUCCAUCAGUGGCGAUCACGCUGAGGUGCAUACACGAUAGUCAACGCACGUUUGCGCUAGGUAUACAGUGGUUUAUAGGCAGGCUACUGGGUACAGUGCCUGGUCCAAUAUUCUUCGGAGCUGUGAUAGACAGUACAUGUUUAGUUUGGCAAGAGAAAUGCAACGAGAAAGCGUCAUGUUGGAUUUACGACAAUUUAGCUCUUAGUCGAAACUUUUUCUUUAUAUUGAUCAUUGUGAAGAUUUUAGCAGCGAUCAUGUUUGGUUUAGCGUAUAAGUUUUAUAAUCCUCCAGUGGAAAAGGUGCCACAGACUUCCGUUUCUGUAAAUCAUACGACAGAAAAUGGGAUCGGUUCUCCCAAACAGGAAAAUGAAUAUGUGUCCGACAGCUCUGAAGAUACGAGAACUACCACGAUGUGAGGGGUCGUUUGUCAACUACCAUGAUGUGAGGGGUACCAUGAUGUGAGGGGUAGUUUAUCAACUACCAUGAUGUGAAAUGUUGUUUAUAAUUCUUUUAUUAUGCAGUGUGUUCGUGGAUGUAAUAAUAUUUUGUUUUCUGCAUGCUGGUCCAUGCAGAAAUGUGUUCACCAGAUUAUUUAUGAAGAAUAGCUAUGUGCAUAAUUGACUUUUUCUUGUCUAACUUUGUGAUAUAUUAAUAGAUCACUCAUUCAAAACGGUCUCGUUACGGUGCAUUCUGCUUGCUCUGUGAUACUGAAAAAGGUUGAAAUGUUGUAGAUCGCAAUAAAACAAAUUCCUGUAUUAAUGUCUUGCGACUAUACUCUGCGAGAUUUUCUUCAGUGGUGCAUAUAUAUAUAUAUAGAUAGAUAAUGAAUACUCAUGCGACAAAAUUUUGUCGUUGUAUUACAACCCUCUACUUAUCCUUAAUCUUAAAAUAUUCUUCCGCCCAGUUUGUUAAGUGCCUAAAAUGUUAAGGUUACCAUUACAAAUUUUUUUGAAGGUGCUGGCUUCACGGUGUGUAGAUUAUUUCAUAAGUCAAGUUGAGUAUAGACAACCCAUGUAUAUUUAUAUGUUUAUUCAGGGAAUAAAUAUCCAUGUUGUUUGCAUUAUAAAGGGUAUGCAAAUAAUGUUUAAAUUAACUAAUACUGUCAUUGCUUAUAAUAUAAACAAUCUCGACAUUUUUCCUUAGAUUUUUAUUUUUGUAAAAUAUAGACAUGAUAGAUUUUUAGGCUCCAAAUAAUUUUCUAUACAUGCAAAGCUCUUGAUGAUCCUGAAUGAGAGUUAAUAAAUCUUGCACCGGCAAAGAGUUAUGCAUAAAGAUUGAUGGAUGUAAUUAAAUGUUCAUGUAUGAUGAAAUGUUUAUUUUUGUAAUAAAAUAUUUGAUAUCUUUUCA